AAAGUAUUAGGAUAUAUUUCAACCCCACAAGGUCAAUGACACCUUUUUCCUAGAAAUAGCAUUCGGUGGUCAUGGUAACUUAUGAAACCAAACAAUAAUUAAACAUAAUAUGACUCAGUUCAAGACCUUCAGUUAGGCAUAAAUAUAGAAGACUGUCAAAAUUGAGUGUGAUUUUUUUUAAUUUUAGAGAUCUGGGAAGAAUUUUGAAGUAAAAUGGACUUAUUUAAUAAAGAAUCAAAACAGUUGCUUAAACAACUGGAAAGUGGUACUUUCAACCCAAGUUCACAUCGUCUUCCACAAUGGUUUAAAGAGAUUUCACAAGAAACUCUUGAGAAAAUUCGCGAAACUAAAGUUAAAGAAGCAACUAAGAAAUUGUGUAGAUUGUAUUCCUCUCCUAUAAAUAAGUCAUCAAUGAAAUCAUCGUUUGAUAUCAGCCCAAUGGAGAAUGGAAAUGGGCAUGUAAGAAAUUCUUUUAAGUCAGCGAAAGAAACGCGUAAGUCAAUUGAUCUUAAAGAAAAGUAUCCAACUCAUACCCAGAUUACCGAAUCAAACUACAUUGUUCCAAAAAUGAAAGGGGCUCUUGAUUUUCAUAGUUUUGAGGAAGAGUGUAAGAAACAGAAUUAUUUGGAAAAGUCUUGGCAAAGUCUGAGUAGUUUUCACCAAACUCAAAGGGGCAGAUUAAGCAAACGAGACACUAUUGCCCAAAAUAGACUCAAAAGUGAUGAUUCAGAUGAGGAUAAUCUUUCAAAGGGGCCACCUAAAUCUUAUUCAGCUGUUGGACUGACUAGAUAUACACCAACAGUAUUAGAAAAUGAAGAAAGUAAAAGUUUAAGGGAUAUGAAAAGUAAAAGGGGAAAAUCUAGCAAUGUACCUUUUUAUGUAUAUUCAAAUAUUAAGAAAGUUACAGAUCAAAAUUCUUAUGCUAACCUUGAUUUAGACGAUUUUGGCGCUUUUGAUUACACUCUAAAGAACAAAUCGAAAUCUACUAAUGAUAUUUGUGAUGCUAAAACGACAAAAAGGCUGAAUAACGGUUAUAAUAAUUAUUUAGCCUUUGAUACUGACGCCAUUUAUUACACUGACUUGGAUAAAUUGCUUUACCAGCCUCGAAUUAACAAGCAAUUUGAAGAAUAUAGACAAAAAGUUAAUACCAAUAUUGAAGGGAUUUUAACUUUGAGCGGUAGAAUAUCUGCUAGAUUAAGGGAAGAUUGUAAAAGAAAUAUGCAAAAAGUGGAAUCCCAAAAUGAUAUUUACGCUACUGUACAAAAACCAAAAUUAAAAAGCAUUAACUCAUUGCCAAAUUCUAAAGCAUACAAUAGUUUUCAUGCAAUAGAGAGGGAUGUUAACCUUGAAGAACCCCCCUUUGUGAUACCAACUUUACCCACAGGAAAGUUUUUAAAAAUCGAUAUUUUAUCGACGUGGGGCGAUAAACAUUAUGUCGGCUUAAAUGGAAUCGAAAUAUUUGGAACUGAUGGUAGAAUGGUAAAUGUUAAAAGAAUCAGGGCCUUUCCUCCUGAUGUUAACAUUUUACCAGAAAAUAAUAACGACCCCAGGGUAGUAGAAAACUUGUUGGAUGGUAUUAAUCGCACCCAAGAUGAUGUACACUUAUGGUUAGCACCGUUUAAUAUUGGUUCAAAACAUGAAAUAUUGAUAGAAUUUACGAACAUUACCACAGUGACAAUGAUAAGGAUUUGGAAUUACAAUAAAUCAAGAAUUCAUUCCUAUAGAGGUGUAAAGGAUAUAAUAAUUACCCUAGACACUUUUGAAAUAUUUAAAGGAGAAAUUGUUAAAGCGUGCGGCGGUAUUUUAGGCGGAGUUGAUGCAUUUGGGGAUACCAUUUUGUUCACACUUGACGAUCAUAUUUUGGAGCUUAUAUCAAGAAAUGAUAGAUCGUUUUCAAGCCUAAUCGGAGAACCAGAUCAUGCAAGAAAUUUACAACUGGAAGGCAGACCGCCAACUGUUGCUGUAAUGGAUGAAAGACCUAUAACAGGCACAACCCAUAAUUUUUCAAACUUAAAUUUGAGUGAAAAAACAAUAGGAGAUUGCAAUGAAAAAAUUUUGUUGGGUAUAAGCCGAUUAGAUUUGGUUCUGUUAAAAAAUUGGGGAUAUACAGAUUUAAUAGGACUUACAGGAUUUGAAAUUUUGAGAGGUUCUGACGAACCCUUGAAUUUAUCAGGGAAGAAUUUAAGGUGUAGUUUUAACUCACCGUCAGAUAUAAUGGAAAGACUGAUAAACGGAGACAAUUUCACCACGGAUGCCAAAAAAAUGUGGUCUAUCCCAUUUGUAGAACAGCAAAAAGUAGUUUUGUCCGUUGUUUUUGAUGAAGUUGUAUAUGUUUCGGGUAAGUGA